CAUAAUUCUAGGCCCCACUCGUGAUCGUGAUCAGCUCUGGAUUUGUUAUUUGGUGCACUGCCGACACUGAGAAUUACUGAACUGGGCCCUUCUCAACAAUACAGCUAGGUGGUUGAAUUACCCGCGUUUUGCAAAGGCGUGACCGUCAGUGACUCGCCCAAGGUGUCUCAUAAGAGCAGGGGCUGAAAUUUGACCCCAAGCCCUCUGACUCCAGGGCCGACUACUGCAAGGUGGCUGCUGGGAGGUGAGGCAUGGCCGGGCGGUUAUCGAGGCGCCCCGUGGGAGCAGGGGGACGCCCUCCCGGGCGGGGUACUUGCGGACUGAGCCCCGCGACCUGGCCCCCAGUGUGAUAAAGCGUGCUGCCUGCCGCGGCUCGCGCUCCUUGCUGUCUUUCGCGCCGUGCCGGCCCCGCCCUCCGCCGCCACACUUCCGGCGGGGCUGCGGCCGCGGAGGGGCGCGGGCGGGCGCUGGGGGUGGCGGGAUAGGCUGGGCGCGGCCGGCGGUGCGGGCUGCGGGCCGGCUGCCGUCCUUGUCUUUGCGGUCUCGAGGGCCGUGCGUCCCGCCGGCGCCAUGGGCAAUUGCCACACGGUGGGGCCCAACGAGGCGCUGGUGGUUUCAGGGGGCUGCUGUGGUUCCGACUAUAAACAGUAUGUGUUUGGCGGCUGGGCCUGGGCCUGGUGGUGUAUCUCCGACACUCAGAGACUGUCUCUGGAGGUUAUGACCAUCCUGUGUCGCUGUGAGAAUAUUGAGACGUCGGAGGGGGUCCCGCUAUUCGUAACAGGGGUUGCACAGGUGAAGAUCAUGACGGAGAAGGAGCUCCUGGCUGUGGCCUGUGAGCAGUUCCUGGGCAAGAAUGUGCAGGACAUCAAGAAUGUCGUCCUGCAGACGCUGGAGGGGCACUUGCGCUCCAUCCUCGGGACCCUGACUGUGGAGCAGAUUUAUCAGGACCGGGACCAGUUCGCCAAGCUGGUGCGGGAGGUGGCGGCCCCUGACGUCGGCCGCAUGGGCAUUGAGAUCCUCAGCUUCACCAUCAAGGACGUAUAUGACAAAGUGGACUAUCUGAGCUCCCUGGGAAAGACACAGACUGCCGUGGUGCAGAGAGAUGCCGACAUCGGAGUAGCCGAAGCUGAGAGGGAUGCAGGCAUCCGGGAAGCUGAGUGCAAAAAGGAGAUGCUGGAUGUGAAGUUCAUGGCAGACACAAAGAUUGCUGACUCCAAGCGAGCCUUCGAGCUGCAAAAGUCAGCCUUCAGUGAGGAAGUCAACGUCAAGACAGCUGAGGCCCAGCUGGCCUAUGAGCUUCAAGGGGCCCGAGAGCAGCAGAAGAUCCGGCAGGAAGAGAUUGAGAUUGAGGUUGUGCAGCGCAAGAAGCAGAUUGCAGUGGAGGCACAGGAGAUCCUACGCACAGACAAGGAGCUCAUUGCCACUGUGCGCCGCCCCGCGGAGGCUGAGGCUCACCGCAUACAGCAGAUCGCUGAGGGUGAAAAGGUGAAGCAGGUCCUCUUGGCACAGGCAGAGGCUGAGAAGAUCCGCAAAAUUGGGGAGGCAGAGGCGGCAGUCAUCGAGGCGAUGGGCAAGGCAGAGGCUGAGCGGAUGAAACUGAAGGCAGAGGCCUACCAGAAAUACGGGGACGCAGCUAAGAUGGCCUUGGUGCUGGAGGCCCUGCCCCAGAUUGCUGCCAAAAUCGCUGCUCCUUUGACCAAAGUCGAUGAGAUUGUGGUCCUCAGCGGGGACAACAGCAAGGUGACAUCAGAAGUGAAUCGGCUGCUGGCUGAGCUGCCUGCCUCUGUGCACGCCCUCACAGGCGUGGACCUGUCUAAGAUACCCCUGAUCAAGAAGGCCACCGGUGCACAGGUGUGAGGCUCCUGAAGGCUCACACCCUUCGCAGCCACCCGCCCCUCCCUCAGCACCUGUUAUAAUACCACAGGGACAAUGGGAACGAACUGACUCUGGUGCCUUAUUUUGUAGGGACCAGAAGUGCUGCGAGUUCAGGCCUUCUCUGGCUGUCUUCCUUUCUUCCUGUCUCUGUCUGUCUCCUCCCUCUUCUCCCUUGCCCUACACCCUCAGUUUCACUGCCACAUUCAUAGGGUUUGUCUCUUCCAUCCUCAUCUUCCUGUAUGUCCCUUCCUUUGUCUUUUUCUCUCCCUCUCUCCUCCAACUUCUAUACAUAUGUAGUUUCAGCCGAAAAUGUUUAUUAUAAUCACUGUCUGUCUGUUGGGGGUGGCCCUGCUGCUCCUCAGAAUCCUGGUGCCUUGAAGUUCUCUGUUCAUCUGUCUGUUCUCCCUGUGGCCCUGGCCAGAGCUCAGCAUGGGUACAGGGGGUCUGGAUAGGACGGCCACCCUGCCCGCACCUGGCCUAGUCUUCCCAGUCGUAAACCCUCCCCAGGAAGCCCCUAGCCUCACCUACUGCAGCCUUGCCAGGCCUGGGUAGCCAAGGCUUGCAAGCCCAGGGCCACUGCCCUUCACUUCACCCUCCCUAGUCUUGGGCCUGUUCUGUACCUGACCUCUCUCCCUAGCCCCAGGGGCACAGAGGGAAGGCCUCCUUCUAUAGCAGCUCCCUCAGUUUACUACUGCCUUAGGAGGCCCCUGCUUGUGCUCAGGGAAUUCCCCUUCAUGGACAUGUCCCUACUAGGUGGAGUGGGUCUUGGUCCCAAUUCUGCUAAGCCUUUCUAGGACCAGGGUCUAGCCCUGUUGGGGACUAGAAAGUGUGUAGGCUGCACUGUCCUGGGUAUCUGGCCAGGCCCUUCCAGUGGGCAAAGCUGUGCCAACCCUGUACCAAAAUGAGUGCCGUAGAUUGGCCAGACUCCAUACUCCUUGUGCCAUCUUUCUUCCUGACCAGAGUAAUAGGGUUCCAGCCACAGGGAAGCAGCCCAGUCCUCUGUCUCCUUGCUCUAGUGGAGGCAGAAGAGCCCAGAGCCCAAGCAUCCUGGCAGGGGAGCUGUGGAUGUUCCACGGUCCCAGUCCUUGCCCCAGCCUUGCCCUGGCCUGUGUAGCUGUUCCUGCAUGUGGAUGCUGCAUGUCUGGUCUGGGGCUUGGAUGCUGCACUGCCCCGCUGCCUGCCCCUUCUGGUAAAAUAAAGAUCUGUUAUGCCCAU